CUCAAUUGAAGCCCAGUCAGUGACAUCUUCAUACUGCACUUGCACUGUAGGAGCUUGGACGAAGCACCGCCACCUCAUCCGAACAAGACAAGCCAAAGUCAAACAAAGGACACCAAAUCUCACUUGCGAAAAUAACCCUUCAUUGUAUCUUCUCCUUCCCACGGCGGAUUAUUACUAUUCAAAUACCAAGAUAGAUAACGCAAUCGUUGCGAUUUGCGCCCGACCAGCAUCUGUCUCACUAUCUCGUCUUUCGUCAACACGCGACUGAUCGCAUCGCAAAUCCCUUGGGACACACAGAAGCGGGAUCACAGAAAAAUGGUGUCGACGGCAGGAGGUAUCGUAAUCGCCAUUAUCGUCCUGCUCGUUGCAGGAGCUGUUGGAUGGGUUGUAUUCACACAGCUUCGUGCUCGCAGACUUGGCCUUCCCCCUCCAAGUCUCGCCUCGUAUCUACCAUGGCAUAAAGAAGACAGCGGCUAUGGAAUACAACCCGCCCCUAGCGGCAUCGCUGGCUGGUUCAACGACAAGAUUCGCAAAUUCAAGAACCGCAACAACCGAUCCGCCGCAGGCGCUUACGAGCAAUCCGGCGGUGCCCGCGGCCGUCGCGGCUUCGGUCCGCUCGACCCUGAUGAAGCGUGGGACUCGCGCGUUGGAAACGAAGCAGACCAAUAUGGAUACUAUGAAGAGGACGUUGGUGGUCGCGGCCGGGACACCGGAUACGGCGGUGGUUACAACAUGAACCUCGCGGCGACGCCGGGAUUGUCGGGUGGCCGAGGUUUCGACGAGGAGGAAGAUCGGGGCCGUAGGGCGAGCAGAAGUCCUGCAUCGGGACCUGGAGGACGAAACCCGUUCGAUGACGAUGCUGGUUCAAGUUUGCGCGGCGUGAGCCCUCGACCUAUCGACACGGGAGUUGCGAAACCCAAGAACAGAAGCGGCAGCGCCGAGAGCAGUCCGACAGAGCGACGGUCUGUGUUUAGGGAGAACAUGUAAGACGAGACAUGAGCUGAAAGAGUCGAGUAUGUUGUGGGAGACGAGACAAAAGCUGCGCGAUUAUGGAUUGUCUGCGAAUUUUGCUAUGUUUGCCUUUCCUUCUUUCUCUCUUAUUUACUGGGCUUGGGAACCUGUGGUUCAUGCAGAGCCUGGACUUGGCUGGGUGGAAUUCUGAUAUAUCAUGACAUUGUGUAUGUGCUGCGAGGAUUCGUUCAAUUUGGUAGUUUACGGAAGUCUUGUACCACUCUUGUCGAUAGUGAUUUAACACUCAAUUCACGGCGUUUCUAUCCCUAGAUUUGGUUGAGAAAUGCCAUGUGUCCAAUUGAAGCACAGCACAAGCCCAACCUGCUAUUUGUCCCC